UGGCUGCGUUUGCGUAGUUACAACAAACGUAUGAGUAUGACAGCAGUUUUUACCUGAGUGAUUUGGCAAGAAUUAAGUGUACGAUUUUGUAAAAUGUUAACUGCCUGUAGUUUUGACAUACCUUUUCACAACAGAUUAGCUUAUGAGCGAAGUUAAAACACAAAAUUGGAUAGUGAUUUAGAAUUGUUCGACGAACAUUUCAACAUUUGAAAGUUUCAGAUACGUUCGGCGGGGGUGUACUUGACAAAAAUGUCGACAGAAGACCGUACAAAUAGUCCAAACGAAAUCACCAACACACAAACAAGUGUUGAUGAACAGAUGGUAAAAAGUACGCCAUCUUUGCCAGGAUCACAGAAAACGUAUAGUGGGGAGGAUGUUGAACGAAUAGCAGAUUCCAAGACAAAACUCUUGCGGACUUUAAGUCGCAAAGGAACAGAAAACCUAAAAGAAUUGGUCAAGUGUUCCAUCUGCCUCGAUCGACUGUCCAUCCCCAAGAUGCUGCCUUGUCAACACACGUUCUGCCUUCUCUGUAUCCAGAACUGCAUUGUGGGUUCUGGCGAGGCCGCCAGGUUACGCUGUGCGCAGUGUCGAUCAGAAAUCACAUUGCCAAAGGAAGGGGUUUCUACACUUCCUGGAAACAUUUAUCUCCAGUCCAUCCUGGAUCUACUCGAAUCAGAUCACGCAGUUGUCGACGAAUUCGUUCGAUGUGCAGCCUGCCAAACCAUUUGUGACGUCAGUGUCUGUGAGCACUGUAGCAACACCUUUUGUUCGCUAUGUCAAGAUCGCCACGUGGAUGAUUUAAAGAAACAGUUAGGCCAAAUUGCUGAACAACUGGAGCAGAUGACCGAAAGACUUCAACAGCGAGAGAAGUCUUUCCAGGAAUCUUUAUUAAAACUAAAGGAAGAAAUUCACGAGGCUGCAGACAAGCGCAUUAAGAAAAUCCUUGAUACCGAAACACGUUUACUGAGAAACGUUGACCAGGUUAUGAUUAAUGAAGACGCUAGUUGGAGAGAGUCAGUGAAAAAACUUGAUAACACUGCUCAAAAUAUUCAAGAGGCUGUUGAUAAAAAGUUUGAUGAAGCAAGUACUUCAGCAGAGAAGGUGAACAUUUUUCUAGGUCUACACCGCGAGUCUUCAGACUUAAUAACAGAUGUGUCUUCUAGUUGUCAGACAAAGAUGUCGUUUGAUCCUCAGUCGUUUAAUUUAGUUACUGUAAGGAAAGAAUCUUUCGAAGAAGGAGAAAAAGAAAGUGAUUCUAAUGUUAAUAUACCACACUCAUUUCCCUCUGGUGGGAUAGCAACGAACGAAGAAAAUCCUAAAAUAAAAGAUUGGGCUGAAGCACAUUCUCGUCUUUACAGGUCAAAAUCCUUUGUUCCUAAAACGCGACUAGGCACCAGUCAGCUUCAGAGACCGUCUGGUAUUACUGUAUCUCCCUGGUCUAAUGAAUUAUUCGUUGUUAGCAUGGACAACCAUCGUGUCCUCGUAUUUGAUAUUAACAGUGGAAAGUAUCUUCGUUUUUUUGGCACCAGGGGCCAAAAACCUGGUGAAUUUCUUUGCCCAUUCGGCAUUGCUUUAUCGCAGACAGAGCAAACAAUUCUGGUCACAGAUAAAUGGAAGCAUUGCAUCCACGUGUUUAAAAAAGAUGGAAGAUUCCAGAAGCAGAUUGGCACGAAAGGGAGGUCUCCUGGACACUUUAGGAGUCCAGAGUCUAUCUCUAUUGACCAUAAUGGAAAAAUCUACGUCUGUGAUACUUGCAACGAUAGGAUUCAAGUUUUCGAUAAAGAGGGCGCAUUUUUGUGUGAGAUGGGUGUCAAAUCUCUUACUGAAGGUGGGAGUGUUCGACAGCGCAGCAUGUUCCACGAGCCCACAGGGAUUGCCGUCACUCCUGAUGGCCAAAGAGUGGUCGUCUCUGAUUUCGGAAAUCAUAGAAUUCAUGUUUUCUCGUCCAACGGAGACUUGCUAUUUACGUUUGGUCAGAAGGGUACUCAGCGUGGACAGUUCAUACGUCCAGAGUGUGUGGCCGUGGAUAGCAAAGGGUUCAUCUUUGUUGGCGAUAGUGGAAACGGACGCGUUCAAAUCUGUCGACCAGAUGGGCGAUUUAUCCGUUCCUUUGGCACCAAAGGAUGUCACAGCGGACAGUUCAGUUGGAUAUCCGGAAUAGCAAUCUCAAAUAAUUAUGAUAUUGUAGUAACCGACUUCAAAAAUCACUGUGUUCAAAUAUUUUAGGACAAAUAAGCCUAUUGUUGUUCUUAUUAACCAAGAAAUUUCAUAAAUCUUUUAUUAGUAAAAAUGUUGAAAUAUUUAAAAAACUUACAGAAGCAGUGAGAAACUACUUUGGUUUAUUUUUCAAUAAAACUUCACUUUCA